AUGAUAGCAUCGCCAAACAGUUUCGAGGUCCACGGUAAGGUUGGUCAUAAGGAUCGGGAGCGUCUUGCGAGAGCGGUCACUCCAGAUCUGGCAUACGCCAUCAUUCUCUGCCUAACAUCUCACGUCUGCAGUAUUCAAAAUCCUCGUCUCCAUGCAACCGUUGAUACAUACUGUUUAGAACUUCUUCGGUCUACAACCUCAGGGGCUUUGGCCGCUCUACCGAGAUCACGCUCACGCUCACGUUUUGCCCAGGUCACCCUGAAGAAGCACAAUCAUGGCAAGCUACGAAAGUAUCUGUCAACCAUCCCGAUCAAUCUUAUUGAAGCUUUUCUAACCAGCACUCGACUAGUUGAGCAUGCGAUCGACCCUCCCAGUACCAACCCCAGCGAACGACCCCGGCGUCCAGACCUUUCCACCUUCUUUUCUACCCUCUCGCAGAUAACUCCAGACACCUCCGUCCCUCGCACUCGCCAACACGCAGUGCCAGUCCCCAAUGAAGUCUCCGCUGCCUUCCGCAACCUCGCGGACGCAUUCGGGGUCAUGCGUCGCGAUAGCGGAGACACAGACUCUGAGCUCCUAGACUCACUCAUAGAGUCCCUUAUGAGCUCGGCAGAAAGACCACCAAGAGAAGUCGAAGGAGUGGACGAAGAAUACAUCGCGGGCUUGGAGCGAGUCAGCAUCAAGAAAGUCAGAAAAGAAGAUGAUUGUCCAAUCUGUGGAAAUCCUUUUUCAGACGAUCCACAUCCGCUGCUCGUACGCCUUCCGUGUCAUUCCAGUCACAUCUUUGAUCUGGAGUGUGUGAGGCCGUGGUUGAGGCUAAGAGGAACAUGUCCAUUGGAUAGGGUAGAUCUAGGGAAGAGGGAGCGAGAGAGAAAGAAGAAGCAUUUGGAGGAUAUCAAGAAGAAUGCUAAGCCGGAAGAUGAGGAAGAGGAAUGGGAUGGUCUGUAUGGAUAA